CAAUUAAAAAGUAUCAAAGUCUCCCUCAAUUGAUUUCUGUUUGAGAGGGGAUGACUCCAAAGUCUUUCCCUUGAAUUUUCCGCUGGCCAGCAAUGAAGAUGAGAUUAAAAGAAUACAUAUAGCAUCCUUUUCUUUAUCUGCAUAUCUCCCCCACCAAGGAGCAUCAUUCCAACACCAUCAACAAUGUCUACUCCAAUGCAAUACUAUCAGUCUUUACCUCCUGUGGCCAAGUCGUUCGCUGUUAUCUGUUUAAUGACCUCAGGCGCCUAUCAUCUCGAGCUUUACCACUGGAGGAACAUAGCGCUGUUUUAUGCACUUGUGCUAAAGAAAUUUCAGAUUUGGAGGCUUAUUACAAACUUCUUCUUCAUCGGGUCUUUUUCAAUGACUUUUGCGUUUCGCCUGUUAAUAAUAUUAAAGUAUGGAGUUUCACUGGAGAGGGGACCUUUCGAUAAAAGGACAGCAGACUACUUAUGGAUGUAUAUUUUUGGAGCACUCUCAUUGCUGGUAAUGGCAGCUAUUCCAUUUCUGUGGUCUCCAUUCAUGGGAACCUCCUUAGUUUUUAUGAUUGUGUAUGUCUGGAGCCGUGAAUUCCCAAAUGCGCGUAUCAAUGUAUAUGGUCUUGUGGAAUUGAAGGGUUUUUAUCUUCCCUGGUUUAUGCUUGCAAUAGAUUUGAUCCUUGGAAAUCCUUUGAAACCCAAUUUGCUUGGGAUAGCUGCAGGACAUCUGUAUUACUUCUUGACAGUGCUUUAUCCUCUUUCUGGAGGAAAAAACUACUUCAAGACUCCCCUCUGGGUUCACAAGUUGGUUGCAUUUUGGGGUGAAGGAAUCCAAUUUGACACCCCGGUAAGGAGAAACCCUUAUGCUGAAGUUGCUUUCAAGGGGAGAGGCCGUCGUCUUGAUGGUAGUGCAAGCAGUUCAAGGCAGGAGCAAACAAGCACUUCAGCAGAGGCGGAGGCAAACACCUCAGCACCACCCAAUGCAGCUGGUGGAGUAGCUUUUCGCGGCAGAGGCAAUCGUCUUGGUGGACGUUAGCUAGCAGUAUUUGUGAUUUAGUUGAUGUUAUGACUUUUUAAUCAAACAAUCAUGUUAUUAUGUUUUUUAUAAGGUCUUGGGGAAUCAAUGACAAGAUGGGGAUGAAAGAAUGAGCCUCUUGAGGCCACCCGAACCACCCGGGCUAGGCCAGUGGUGGUAUAUGCAUAUGUUGUAUGGGAAGAAAGAACUUGAGUUCACACAUUGCUACUAGCAAAACAAAACUACUUCCGUUAUUUGUGGUUGUGUGUGAUGAUAGUUCAAUUACUGCAUCUGAAUUAU